UCCCUUUACUUCCUCUCCUCUCAACCUUACGUUUUUACAGCAAACUACCUUACUUCUAGUAUUACUUAAAUAUACUUGUCCCUUUCCUUUUAACCUCUUUCUAUACUCUCCCUUCUGAGCUUUAAGUAGCUCAGAUAUUUAUUUUCUCUCUCACUCUUCUGUAUUCGUAGUCUAUUUUUCCCAAUAAUUUAGCACCCAGUAAUAUGGGUUCGGAGGGCGAGAAUUCUGUGCAGCUGAAUAGUACUGGUGCCACCGACGGUAUGUUUGAUGGUGAUAUUCGGCGAACGACGUCGUCUUCGGCAGUUCAACAAACCCUUUUUCUCAUUCAUUCCGAUGACCUCACUUUGAAAGUCCAGGCGGCUAAGGAGAUCCGCCGUCUAACCAAGACUUCUCAACGUUACCGCCGACAUUUCUCUAACGCCGUUAAACCCCUCGUCGAUAUGCUCCGUUCUGAAUCUUUUGAGUCAAACGAAGCUGCUCUUCUUGCCCUCCUUAAUCUAGCUGUUAAAGACGAAGGAAACAAGAUAAGUAUCAUAAAUGCUGGUGCUCUUGAACCCAUCAUUGGCUUUCUUCAAUCAGAGAAUGCAACUCUCCAGGAUCAUGCUACUGCUUCGUUGCUCACAUUAUCUGCUUCUCCUGCCACGAAACCCAUUAUCAGUGCUUCUGGUGUUUUCCCUCUACUUGUGGAAAUCAUUAGGCACGGCAGUUCGCAAGCUAAGGCUGAUGCUGUGAUGGCUCUUUCCAAUCUGUCAACUUAUCAAGAUAAUCUACUCUUAGUUCUGCGGGCACAACCAAUUCCUUCUACAGUUUCUCUGCUUAAAUCCUGUAAAAAGUCUUCAAAAACUACUGAAAGGUGCACCGCUCUGAUAGAAUCUUUGGUGUGUUAUGAAGAGGGUAGGAAUGCAUUGAUAUCUGAAGAUGGGGGAGUGCUUGCAGUGGUGGAAGUGCUUGAAAGUGGAUCUCCUCAAAGCCGAGAACAUGCUGUAGGAGCUCUCCUGACAAUGUGUCAGAGUGAUCGCUCUAAAUACCGAGAACCAAUUCUCAGAGAAGGUGUAAUCCCUGGGCUCCUUGAGCUGACUGUUCAAGGAACAGCCAAGUCCCGGACAAAAGCACAAACACUUUUGAGGUUGCUGAGGGAUGCUCCUUACCCGAGGUCUGAGCUUGAGCCUGACACAUUGGAGAACAUUGUCUCCAAUCUUAUAUCUCAGAUAGAUUGCGAAGAGCAAUCAGGAAAAGCAAAGGAGAUGCUCGCUGAGAUGGUACAAGUUAGCAUGGAACAGAGUUUGAGACAUUUACAGCAAAGGGCGCUGGUAUGCACUCCAGCUGAUCUGUCUGUUCCUAGUUGUGUCUCCAAAAUAACUUCAAAAUGAUAGAAUUUUAUCUUUGUCUCUUCCCGUAUCCCUUUUCCUCUCGGACCAAAGGCUUGUGUGAGAUCGAUUCUCUGUAUUUGGAAACGCUGGAUAGAUACUGAAAAUUGGCAGUCCGGGCCCUUAGAUAGCUGCCAGGUGACUGUUUAGUACUCAAUAACUUGGAAAAUUAUAAGGUCGUAGAAAGUAUAGCUUAUGAACUUGCUCUUUGUAACAUAAAUUGGUGUUUUGCAGUUUAUACAGCUAGUGAAGGUUUCCUUCUUGAGCCAUAGUUUCCAUGAUUGUAAUUAUGUGAUAGAGCGACAUGCUUGAAAACACUAUCCUGUACAGGAAAUUCCACUUGUUUACUAAUCUAUAUGUCAUUUCAGAUGUA